AUGGUGCUUGAAAAUUUGAAUAAUGCAACGGGAAAUCCCGCUGAUCAAGCAGACGAUAGUUCUGAUAAACCUUUACUUCCAAAUGCAAAUCCCAACGAAAAUGGAGGAGCAAAUCAAUGUCCAGCUGGAUGGUCAACUAGAACAGAUAAAGAUGGGAGUGUUUAUGGAUAUAAAGUAAUUAUGCAGGAUAUGGUUAAUUAUUAUCAGGUAUUUUAAUUAUUCAAAAAGCUUGGGCUUAAAAAUUUUGUAUAAAUCGAGUGCCAAGAAAUUUAAGUGUGUGGGUUCAUGCGGGAGUUCGAGUGAGUACUAGAGAUCGGACAAAUUCUGUCAGUCAAACCUCUGGAAUUAAGUGUGGGAUUGUGAUAAAGAUAUCA